GGACGGAGGGAGGGCGAGGGAGGGAGACAGAGAAGGGGGGUUGCUGGAGCAAGGGAGGGGGGAGGCUGGAGCGAGGGCUUCGUGCUUUGGAACUUCUGCCUUCACAGAAUCUUCUUUCCAUUGCGUUGCGUUGCGUUGCGUUGUUGCUGUGUGUUUGGAGGGCAUAGCUUGAGAGCCAGUCCGCGUUUAGCUUUAGGGUCGCAGUGGUAGGACGAGAAAGUAGCGGGGGGUAGAGGGACGGCGGAGGAAGGUGGCUUCCCACAAGGGGAAACUCGCGAGGUUCAGAUCAGAUAGAGAAGCAGGGGGGCCAUGAUGGCCACUUCUAGGGCCGGGCCUGCUCCGACAGCUCCCAAAGCCUCCUCAUCGUCAAAUGUUUCUAGGCAUAACAGCAGUAACAGCGGCAAUAUCCUCAGCAGCAACAACAACAGCAGCGUCAACAACAACAAUUCGCAAGACUGGAAAGCACAACUCAAGCUACCACCUCCAGAUGCUCGAUACAAGACCGAGGAUGUAACUGCCACGAAGGGUAAUGAAUUUGAGGACUACUUCCUCAAGCGUGAGCUUUUGAUGGGUAUCUAUGAGAAGGGAUUUGAACGACCUUCUCCUAUUCAAGAAGAAAGUAUACCGAUUGCUUUGACAGGAAGUGAUAUUCUUGCACGAGCAAAGAAUGGCACAGGGAAAACUGCAGCUUUUUGCAUUCCUGCAAUUGAGAAAAUUGACCAGAAUAAGAAUGCAGUUCAAGUUUUGCUUUUAGUACCGACAAGGGAGCUCGCUUUGCAAACUUCUCAAGUGUGCAAAGAGCUGGCUAAACAUUUGAACAUACAAAUAAUGGUAACCACGGGAGGUACAAGUCUUCGUGAUGACAUCAUGCGCCUGUAUCAGCCAGUUCAUCUGUUGGUAGGUACACCUGGCCGUGUCCUAGAUCUUGCCAACAAGGGAGUCUGCAACCUCAAAGAAUGUACUAUGUUGGUGAUGGACGAAGCUGACAAACUUCUCUCGCCAGAGUUCCAGCCUCUUGUGGAGCAGUUGAUCGGUUUCCUGCCUGAGAACCGCCAAAUUUUGUUAUAUUCUGCUACAUUUCCAGUCACAGUUAAGUCAUUCAAAGACAGAUUCUUGCGGAAACCGUACGUAAUCAAUCUCAUGGAUGAGCUGACCUUGAAGGGUAUCACCCAGUACUAUGCGUUUGUGGAAGAAAGGCAGAAAGUCCACUGUCUGAACACUUUGUUUUCCAAGUUGCAAAUUAAUCAGUCGAUCAUCUUCUGCAAUUCAGUGAACCGAGUGGAAUUACUGGCCAAGAAGAUCACUGAACUUGGAUAUUCUUGUUUCUACAUCCAUGCGAAGAUGUUACAGUCACAUCGUAACAGAGUUUUUCACGAUUUCAGGAAUGGAGCUUGCCGAAAUCUCGUCUCCUCAGAUCUGUUUACAAGAGGAAUUGACAUUCAGGCUGUGAAUGUUGUCAUUAAUUUUGACUUCCCGAAAAAUUCUGAGACGUAUCUUCACAGAGUCGGCCGUUCAGGGAGGUUCGGUCAUCUCGGGUUGGCGGUGAACCUUAUCACCUAUGAAGACCGGUUUAACUUGUACCGAAUCGAACAAGAGCUCGGCACAGAGAUCAAACCGAUUCCUCCUCAAAUCGACCGCGGUAUAUAUUGCCGCUAAUUUCGUUCGAUGUGUCAAGGAUUUCUGAGAUAAAUGUUUGUAUGGUACAUCUCAACGGUCCGACAUUGUGUCUCCAUGCGAUUCAUUUACGUGCUAAAAGUGAGUUUGAAGGGCCUGGUUUACGUUACCUUUAAUACGGUGUCAGGAUCUCCCUGAGAGUUUCUUGGGCAGUACUUAACCAGGACGAGCUUUCUAAUCUGGGGUUGAGAUGGAUGGAAUUGUGUCCACAGCGAUAUCCAUGUGUUUAGAUUGCUUGGUUGUGAUCUUUUUCUGCAGCGCCAUCUUACCUAGUUUAUGAAGUGAAAGGGCUGGAAUGCCGACAUUUAAGUGGUCAUGGUGUGUUCUUAAGUCUGUUCUGUUUUAUCCUCA